AUGGGACGGUGCCCCGCUCGGCCGACGACGACGGGGGGUUCUCCACAUGGGAAGGCCACCGCGGGGGAACAACCGUCGUCAAGUCCCAGUCGGCCUACAGCCUUCCGCUGCCGCCUGCCUACCAGCCACGGCGCCCACGAUCGUGGUCUCCGGCCGGCCAACCUUCGCCGUCGGACUCGGGCUACCGCUCGCUUCCUGAAGCUAGGGCCCUCGCUGACCACCGGCUCAAGGGGGGCGGGUUCUCUUCGCUGCCGCCCCGCCGGUGUGCCCCUUUCGGCAGGCCCCCCAGGCCCUCCCCGACCUUCCACGGCACCCCCUUCAGGACAACCCCGCAUAGCCUCAAGCACCUUGACGACAAGCUGGCUCUCCUCUUUGACAUCUUGGACACCCAGGAGAAGUUCGCCAAGGUACCCAAAACCUUCCAUUUAA